GCUUGAGCCCAUUCUGAAGGCGCAUUCUUCUACUUUUGAUUUUUAUUGUAUUUCUAAAUCCGAUCAGCCCAUGCGUAUUUUCUUAUUCUCCAAAUGCCGAGAGCGAGUUAGGUCUAGGCGGAAACGGGAAUGCCCAAAGCAAACACAAACGUUGUAUUUUCCGAAAAAAAAAAAAAAAAUCAAAUAAAACAUUGUGAUGCGUGAUAACGUCAACUGCGCUUUUGGCCCGGUGACCACAAACCCCUGAAAAUGGGAAACGCAAGAGCCUUGAAAUGCGGACUUUAUCUCGUGUUUACGAAUAAAUACUUUCCUUUUCUCAUUUCCUUAGUUUCUUUUUUCCAUUUAAGAAAGAACAAUUUCAGAGAAUUUUCUCCAACUUACUUUGACCCUUGUGACUGUGCGAUGUGCGAAAUCUCGCCAUUACUUGUUAUCACUGUCCCAAUGAGUGCGCCCCGGGCAUCGGAGGCGGCCUGGCCGGCCGGCCGUAUCGUAUCGCGGUCCGCAGCAGGUGCCGCGCGGGUAUAAGAGGCCACCCCCAGCAGUCGGCGGGUACAGUCCAGCCUGCUCCAGUCGCUCCAGCAGCCGCUCCAGCACAGCCAUGCGCGUGUUCGCCGUCCUCCUCCUGGCCGUGGCCGCCACCUCCGCGGCCCCGAGCGUGGUGUCGACGAUGCCCACUCUCAUCGAAGUCUACAGAGCACCUCUUGCCGAAAAAGACUACUUCCAGCCCGAAGAGGUGGCGGGCCUCAAGGGCCUCUAUGACCAGCCCUUCGUCGUCGCCUUCCAGAAGGCCAAGAAUGAAGUCCAGUCGUUCUUCCUCCAGAAGGGAAUCCAAACCAUAUAUGAGGACGAGCAAUUUGCGCACCUCCGCCACCAGCUGCUGAACAGCGUCGAGAAGGUUGCAUUCUACAUGAGCGCUGCCCGCUACCUUCACAUCCCUCAGCUCACCAUGCCCAUCAACAUGGUGGUCCCUCACAAGACCAUGCCGGGUGACAAGGAGUACCACAUGGCCGAGAAGAAGGGUGAGGGUGAGUUCAUCCCGUUUGUGUUCAUCGUGCGUAAGGACAAGGUUGUCGGUGACUUCGAAAAAUUGUACAAGGUCGGCAAGUUCUCCUUCACGGAGGAAAAGUUCCAGACCAUUGAAGCCUGAAUGAGCAGUUGGAUGAUGUUUAAUCCUUUCGAGGAAAUAUGAAUAAAUUCAUUCCACAAG